CCAUUGCUAUAAAGAAGUGAGCUUCUUGCCUUCACGUCCUCCAUCGUUGUAUUGGAAGCGGCAGCUGCAGCAGCGGGGAUGACGAAGAACCACGUUGCUUUCCUCUUCUUCUCCUUCGCCGUGGGCUUUGUUCUGUUCUCAAUGCUCUUGCUGUUUCUGAGGAAGCGGCGGUGUUGCAGCUGCGAUGUAUGCAAGGCCUACGUGAGCUCAUCGUGGGCGGCGGAGUUCGACAACCUCUGCGACUGGUACGCGCACCUACUCCGGGAGUCGCCCACCGGCACCAUCCACAUCCACGUGCUGGGGAACACCGUCACGGCCAACCCGGCCAACGUGGAGUACAUGCUCCGGACCCGGUUCGACAACUUCCCCAAGGGGAAGCCUUUCUCCGCCCUCCUCGGCGACCUCCUCGGCCAGGGCAUCUUCAACGUGGACGGCGACGCGUGGCGGUUCCAGCGCAAGAUGGCGAGCCUGGCUCUCGGCAGCGUCGCCGUGCGCUCCUAUGCCUUCGGGAUCGUGGCCGGCGAGAUCGGCCGCGGUCUGCUCCCGCUGCUGUCCUCCAUCGCCGACCGAGGAGACGGUGCGGUUGUGGACCUCCAGGACGUGUUCCGGAGGUUCGCUUUCGACACCAUAUGCAAGAUUUCGUUCGGGCUCGACCGCGGCUGCCUCGAGCUUCCGAUGCCUAUGUCGGAGUUCGCGGCCGCCUUCGAUACCGCCUCGAGGCUGUCGGCGCGGCGGGGGACGGCGACGGCGCCGUUGAUUUGGAAGCUGAAGCGGCUGCUUAACGUCGGGUCCGAGAGGGAACUGAAGCGGACGAUCCGGAUGAUCAACGUGUUGGCGGAGGAGGUGAUACGGCAACGCCGGAAGCUUGGAUUCGCGUCCAGCCACGACCUGCUCUCCCGCUUCAUGGGCUCGGUGGUGGACGACGACGACAAGUACAUUCGCGACAUCGUCAUCAGCUUCCUCCUCGCCGGCCGCGACGCCGUCGCCUCGGGCCUAUCGAGCUUCUUCCUGCUUCUGUCGCGGCACCAUAACGUCGCGAAGGCGAUGCGCGAGGAGAUAGCCGGCGUCACCAAGGCCGACGGGGCGGACGUCGUCAGCUACGAGCAGCUGAAGGAGAUGCACUAUGUGCACGCGGCGAUCUACGAGAGCAUGCGCCUCUUCCCACCGGUCCAGUUCGACUCCAAGUUCUGCCUCGAGGACGACGUGCUCCCGGACGGCACGUUCGUGAGCAGGAACACGAGGGUGACGUACCACCCGUACGCCAUGGGGAGGAUGGACAGCAUCUGGGGCCCCGACUGCGACGAGUUCAGGCCGGGGCGGUGGCUCCGCGGCGGGGUGUUCACCCCGGAGAGCUUGUUCAAGUACCCGGUGUUCCAGGCGGGGCAGCGGGUGUGCCUCGGCAAGGAGUUGGCGCUGAUGGAGAUGAAGACCGUGAUCGUCUCCGUGGUCAGUAAGUUCGAUGUCGAAGUGCUUCCCGGCGGCCGGCCGCUGAAAUUCGUGCCAGGUCUGACGGCGACCAUCAACGGUGGGCUGCCGGCGCGGGUUUGCCGGCCAAAGAUAUAGUUUUCUUUGGUUUCUGCGCGCCUCGAAAGGCCUCUUGCAUCGCCUUCUUCCCCAUGGAUGUUACAGGAGGGGAUAAACUAUGUGUACAGAUCUCGAGGAGAAAAGAAAAGGAGUCGGUUGAAUGUAAAUGAGAAGAGGAAUCGAUACGGCUCGAACAAGACAAAUUCUUUCUGGUACUAUAUAAUUGAUGGCUCAUAGAUCGCCGUGCCUCAGUAGCAGCGGUUGGGUUGGCUGGUGAUCCUAAUCGCAUGAUGUUAACACAGCAUACAUAAAAAUGGUAAUACCAUGGGCGGUGCCCAUAGCGACAGUUUAUGCACCA